GAUACUUUAACUCCAGGAAGGCCACAACUAAGACUGGUGCCAGAACAGAGAGGGAAGGAAGAAGCAAGAGUGGCCUUUUGUAUGAGGGCUGGCUCAUCGGUCGUUUGGAGCUUUCUGUUGGCUGCCAGCAUGAUUUGCCGUGUUCUUGCCAGACGGCUUUCCCUGCAGCGUACUGAAGAGUAACCUCGCUGCCCAUUUGUUUCAAGGCAUUGUUCAGGAUCCCGCGGGGCUGGAGGAAGAAUCACUGAAGUCCAGGGAGGAGGAGAGGCAGGAAGGGAAGAUGGGCCGGUCCCUCGGCGUCCUGAUGCUUGGCCUGGCUUCGGCAUGCCUGCUCUGGGAGGGUGCACAAUGCCUGUUACGGAAUUACUGGCUGACGGCCCCUCCUGCUGUCUCCGUGCCGCUGGGACUCUGUGUCAUCAUCCCCUGCAAUUUCACCUAUGAACAAAGGCAUGCGGACAGAGAUGCCCCUUUGUAUGGCUAUUGGUUUGAAGCAGAAAGUGUUUACACAGGGGCUCCGGUGGCCACCAACAAUCCAAGGAAAACAGUUCAAAGCUACACGAGGAAUCGCUUUACUCUCUCGGAACAUCUGGACCAAGGUGACUGUUCGCUCACCAUCAAGAAUGCCAGGAAAACUGAUCGAAAGCAGUACAUUUUCAGAGUGGAGAGAGAGCCUCGUGCAAAAUUCACUUACAGUUUUUAUGCCGUGCCCUAUGUGAAUGUAACAGAACUGGGAAAGCCAGAAAUACGGAUUCCAAGAGAGCUUCGGGCAGGCCAGCCGGUAAAUAUCACGUGCACAGCCCCAGCAAGUUGUCCUCCGAUGUCCCCAAACAUGACCUGGGAAGGCAUCUCUGAAGCAUCCACCUCUGGGAUCUCUGCCAUGCUGCCAAGUCCAAGUGGCUCCGACGUUUAUAGGACUGUGUUCAACUUCAGACCGUCAGUGGCAGACCAUGGCAAGCUUCUCACGUGCAGCGUCAGCUACGGGAAGGGGCCCAGGGCAGUGCAAACGGCACACACCUUCAUGCUGGAUGUCCACUACCCGCCCCAGACGCCCCAGUUCAGCGGGGAACUCAUACGCGCGAACAGAAGUUUGCAGAACUUUUCCGGUGUGACCCAGAUUAGGGCACAGAGGGGUGACUCUGUGGUGCUACGGUGUGAGGUGAAGGGCAACCCCGUGCCCAGCGUGACUUGGGUGAGGGGCCCACAGCCCCCCCAGACACUCCAGCUGGUCUCCUCAGAGAACGAACUGAAGCUUUCCAGCCUGACACAGCAGCACGAGGGCAAAUAUGAAUGCCGGGCCCAGAACAGCGAAGGCUUCAGCAAUGCAACCUUCCUGCUCUCCAUGAAAUAUAGCCCCAGGCCCUGCAAUCAGGAGAUGCCCCACUGCUGGAGUCAUGGCACUGGGUUCCAGUGCAAUUGCUCCCUCUGCGCCUCUCCUUCGCCCAAGAUUAAGUGGCAGGUGGAUGGGGAAACCCUGGAGGGGAACACCACCAAAGGGCCACUGGAGGUCACUACCUGGACUAAGGAGGAAGUAGCCACCAGCACCCUGCACUUCACAGGGCUCUGGAAUGGAAAGCAGCGCAUUACCUGCCUUGGAUCCAACCUGAAGGGAGAGCUUCCCGUUAUGUUCUUCCUGUUUAGGUCAGUGGAAGACCCCAGCCCCUGGCGCCUGUGGCUGGUUAGCGGAGUGAUUGGGGCCAUCAUCACGCUUGCGCUCACCGUGCUCAUCAUCGCCGUCAUCGUGACGUCCAAAAGGUGCCGGAAAGGCAGAAAAUCAGUGACUGGCUCCUCAUCUUACACAGAACAACCAACUGCUGACCAAAGCGAGCAUCUCCCACCUCCCAAGGAUUCUCACAUCAUGGGAGGUAAUGAAGUUCUGGAAAUGCCAGAAAAGACAAAUGAAGCCAUUUACAGCUGCCCAGACGAUCCCAGAGAACUGCAUUAUGCAUCUCUUCAGUUUAAUAUACUGAAAACAAUACCAGAGUCCCUUUCAGAAGAACCCCAAACAGAAUACGCUGAAAUCAAGGUCUCCUAGUCGACAAGUAGCAGCAGCUCUGGGUUUUUGAGUUGUCCUUGGAAAGACGCCCUCAAUGCACCUCAGGUGAACGGUCAGGUUGCAGGGGCGGCUCCGGGGUUUGUGCCAGUGGACUCCUGCUGAGAUGUGGGUCCUCAGCAGGGGCCCAGCUAUGUCUCCCCUUAAAGCUAGGCCUGUCUACAGGGAAAUGGAGGCGGCAAAUUUAGGAUGAUUCAUGGCUCUACCCGGCCAAGUGCAUUGCUUCUGAUCUGCUGCAGGUGCUGAGACAAAGCUUCUUCCUUAGCCCUCCUCUUUUCUUCUGUACCUGCUCUGGGGGCAUGUUCUCUCCAGGACUGGGAGCCACGCUAUCUAGGGUGGCCUAACUGUGCAUCAUCCUCUUUAGCUUGACCUGCAACUACUGGAUGCGCGUGCAUGCAGGUGUGUCUGCCAGGCACAGCUCUCAGUGGUGGCAUGGGUGCAUAGGUGUGGCAUGCAGGAGGCCCCGGGUUCAUUCCUGAACCCUCCAGCUAAAGGGUCUGCAGGGCAGGGCGGCCAGGUAUUCCUGCCUGAGGUCAGGAGACACCUCCCCUGUCAGAACAAUCACUGCUGGAAUGAGGGGCCAAGCAGCCGUGGCUGCUGGGGGCAAUUUCCUGCACACAGUUUGCAGAAAACUGUUUGUUGCCUGCCAUGCAAAAGACGCUCCCACCUUCUGCCUUUUGUUUCCUCCCUCCCUUCUUCUGGUUAAAGGUUCCAGGACAAGCCAGAGCAGUCCGUGAGGCAUCUUUCCCCCAGAGCACUUUUUCCCAGGCAUCCUUCCUUGUCUAGCUCCUGCCUCUCCAACCCAAGAAAGGCUCACAAUUGGAAGCCUUGCAGUAGGUAGGACCCCCGAGAGGCUUCUCAGAAAUAGGGCUGUGAUGCUCACAUUUUGCCGGUGACUGAGAUCUCAUGGCACAUGCCUGGUGGGGUUAUUUGUUGCGACUGCCCAGGUGCCUGCAGGCAGUAGGAAUCCCCUUUGCGGUAGCCACAGCUGUUGCGGGCCAGUGAAUGUCGGACGUUUUGCAUCACCGCCUGUCUGCUGAGAGACAGGGAGUGGGCAAGACCACAGCGUGCUUUGAAGGAACCGUGUGUCCAGGUUCUCUGCUCCGAGCAGACAGAAAAUGCUCUGCCUGGACGGACAAAGCUCAGCGCGUAUCUCUUGGUCUUGCACCGGCAAUCGACUCAGCCCAGGUUCCUCUGCAAGGAGUUUGGGAGAAAAGAUAGGAUAACCUACAUACACACCCAGGAGAAGUUCCUUCCUGAACGGAUCCAGCGCCCAGCACUUAGAGAGCAUCGAAAUGUGCAGUGAAGACUGUGAUAUGCUAGUUUUGGGUUUUCAGGAUGCAAUUGUAUCAAUUGUGUCCUCAAACCUUGUAAGCCCCCGAACCUGGAAGUUUACAAGCACCCAAUGUGGAGCUGGAGGAACAAUGGGGGUGCUCCCACUCUGCAUUUUUGCCAGACGCUGUUUGCAGCCGAGGCACUGUGGAAAGGGGAGCGGGGAACCCAGACUGCUGUCUGGGUGCCUCAUAUCUUGACAGGCCCACUCUCCUCCCCCCAGAACACCCCCUUUGCCCCUCUUGGAGGUCAGUGUCCCAGCCCUUCAGAGGCAGCUGGUGUGGUUCCGUCUGCAUCCGUCACUGGGUGUAUUUGUGCGAAUCGGAGCAUUAGUUUCAAGUUCCGAGGUUGGGCCUCUGUCUCCAGGUUCUGCCCUGGGAAUCUGAAUUCUCCCAUUUCACCCGUCCCAAGAACAUAGGAUUGCUUUCCCCCAUUCCCAGUGGCCUUCUGUAAAUUUGGGCUUCUUCCCCAUCUUGGCUGUAUCAUUGCCAUGUUUUCUUUGUAAAGGUCUAUCUAUUUUUAUCUUGUAAAUUGCAACUGUGUAUUGUUCAUCAUGAUUUGUAACCAAAAAAGCAGCAACUGGUGAUUGGGAAAAACAAUUGGGACUGGAAGAGUUUAAACGAAUAAAGAAAUACUAAAUAUCCAAAGCACUUUGGGAGGAAGACGGGGCAAGGGAACUGGAGGGGAGGCAUAUAUUCUACAGACUACCUGUCAGCUCCCAGGGGGCUGUUUCUGUGACGAUGCACCUUGUCUGGCGAUUCCGAUGAGUCGGUUCUCGCUCGCAAGCCUGGCACAAGCCCCUUGCUGUGCAAACCAGCGCUUUGCCUCCUCUGCAAAUAAUCUGUGGAGCCA